AUGGUGAUGUCUGGUCUUGCUGGACCUCCUGGUCCUCCCGGACUUGACGGUCAAGAUGGCAAAGACGGUCUACCUGGAGCUAAUGGAGAGCCUGGUGCUGAUGCUGCCCCAGAUGCAGUGCCAACUGCUGAUGACUUCUGCUUUGAUUGUCCCGCUGGACCACCCGGACCGCCAGGAAAUCCAGGACCUAAGGGACCCAAUGGAAACCCAGGAGCUAACGGACAACCAGGCCCAGAUGGUCAACCAGGACAGCCCGGACCCCCUGGUCCACAGGGACCUCCAGGAGCUGAUGGUCAACCAGGCCAACCUGGACAGCAAGGGCCACCCGGAACCAUUGAAGAAGUCCCAGUUCCCGACGGACCCGCUGGACCACCAGGACCACCUGGACCACCAGGACCAGAUGGACAACCAGGGGCACCUGGACAACCUGGACAAGACGGACCUCAAGGACCACCCGGAGAUCCAGGACGCGAUGGAGCACCUGGAAAUCCUGGAGCUCCUGGUGAACCAGGACCUCUUGGAGAAACCGGAGCUGGUGGCGGUUGCGACCACUGUCCUCCACCUCGAACUGCUCCUGGAUAUUAG